GGCAUAGAAAAGGAAACCAGUGUUGAGUUAAGCACAGAGUAGAGGAAAGCAAGACAGUAAAACUCUGUAUGAGAAAAUCUUUUAGAAUCCAGGGCUGGACAAGAAAGUCAUGAUGAAGAAGUGUUUUCUGUUGCUGCUGUUAGCUACAGCCAUUGCUUCUAUCCCUCUGGAAACCUCAGGUAAAGCAGAGUACACCACCCUUUCCAUCCGGGGCUUUACCACAGAACCAAGCCCAACCGAAGCAAAGUCUCGCUUUGCCAUGCUGGAUGAUGUCCGUCUACUUGCAAAUGGCCUCCUUCAGCUAGGCCAGAGCUUACGGGAGUUCGUCCACAAGACCAAAGCCCAAAUCAACGACAUCUUCCAAAAGUUGAACAUUUUCGACCGCUCUUUUUACCAGCUCUCGGUGGUCACGUCAGAGAUAAAGGAGGAAGAGGAGGAGCUGAAGAAGACCACCAAUUUCUUGAAGACCAACAAUGAGGAGAUCAGGAACCUGUCGCUGGAAAUUAACUCCAAGAUCAACAACAUCGUGCAGGAGCGCAUGCAGCUGCAGAGCAAAGUGGGGAGUCUGGAGGAGCGUCUGCAGGGACUGUCGCAGAGUUUGGUCCCUGCUGACCAGCUUGGUGAGAUGGUUACCCUCAAGGAGGUGAUUGAUGCACAAGAAAAAACGAUCACCAGCCUGUUGAAUGCUGUGAGGGAGCAGCAUGAUCAGCUUGACCACCAGAAAGCUAAGAUUAAAAAUCUAGAGGAAAAGCUAAACUUUGACAGCUUUCAAGAUACAGUCGAUAAGCCAAUGAAUUCGGAGCUGGCAGCUUCUGAUAUGUUUGAAUAUCUGACGGGAAACUCAACCGGUCUGGACACCAAUGACCUCCCAAGAGACUGCAGUGACCUGUUUAACAAAGGCGAGGCAAACAGUGGAAUCUACGUUAUCAAGCCAAACCAAACUGAGCCAUUCAAUGUCUACUGCGAAAUGGGCUCAGAUGAAGGUUCAACUGUCAUCCAACACAGGGUCGGUGGUUCAGUUGACUUUGACCAGACAUGGGAUAAGUAUGAGAAAGGCUUUGGAGAUCUGGAAAAGGACUACUGGUUGGGCUUGAAGAAGAUCCACAGCUUGACACAGCAGGGAGUUUACAUCCUGCGUAUUGAUAUGGAGGACUGGAAGGAGGAGAAGCACUGGGCUGAGUACCGCUUCUCACUGGAGGGUUCUUCCAAGGACUAUGUAAUCCAUGUCAGCCACUUCUCUGGUGACCUAUCCGAUGCCAUGGCCAACAGCACCGGCAUGCGAUUCUCCACAAAAGACAGAAAUAAUCACAACAAUAGAAACCCCAACUGUGCUCGCAAUUACACAGGUGGUUGGUGGUUCAAUGCUUGUGGAGAUACCAACCUUAAUGGAAAGUAUAUGUGGUUGAGGGCCAAAGGGCGUUCUAUGAGACGAAAAGGUAUUUACUGGAAGCCGGGCACAGGGCCCUCGUAUUCCCUCAAGGCAACCAAGAUCACCGUAAGACCAGCCGCUACUGCUGAGAGCUUCAACUAAAACCAGAGUGAAGACCAGAACUGUUCCCACUGUAACAAACAUGCUCAGCAAAAAAAAGUUCCAAAGAAGGUGACAGAGAAUGAACACAGUCAUGAUUUAUGUAUAUGACAAAAAAUUUCUAAGUUAUUUGCUGCAUUAGGCCGAUUGCUUCCGACGCCAGUUUUGUCAGAGACUGGUGCUGACCGAGCGAAAACAGGCGAACAAAAUGUCACAAGUUGGAAAAUGCUGAACAUGCAAUGAUGCAACAUUGCCACCGUCACUGAGGUCGUUAACCUAUUGGGUCUGAUCCAGUGGGGACGGUGGAAUUGUCAUUAUGCAACAUCUGCUAUCACUUGCAAAAUGGACUUAUUGAUCCCCAUCAGCAAACUGAUUCAGUGCUGGCUGCAAAAUGCCACAGUGCUUCAGGAGAGAGACAGAACACUAACAGGAUAAAUUAGGAAGCAAAUGGAGAUGACUUAUUUUGAAAUGUUUUCAUUGAACUUUAAUGUAUUUUACUGCAUCCAUGUCUACUAAGCUAUUUAAAAAUGCAUUUUGUCUUUGUGAUGUAAAGCUGUUGCAUGUUUCCUUGGAGCUCCAGACAUUCCCUCAUGAUACGUCUUACAUAAGGCAUGCAUUAUAUAAGUCAGGGUUUAAGAGGCAUACUACAUCUCCAACAUCUCAAGAAGUGCUCAUACUUUUAUCUCCCCUUUACACAACUUCAUCCUCGGUUACAUGGAAACUAAUCUUUAAUGCAGGAGCAAUUUCAUCAGACUAACACGGUUCAAAAUAUUGGAGAAAAAUAGCUUUUGCGGCGCACUGAUGAGGUUUUUGUCUUUUUUUUGGUCUGUUUCCUUUUUUUACUCUGUAAAGUAUUUAAACCAUAUUCAUGCUACUUCAUGCUCUGUGCUGAUAAUGUUAGGAAAACCAUUUCUAUGUCUGUCCUUUGUUAAUGAGUCAUAUUGACUCUCGUCCAUCACUACAACUUUAUUGUCAAUGUGCCACCUACCAACAUGUUCCCCUGACAAGUAGUUUUA